AGAAAGUCUCAAUAUCUUCAUUCAAAUUUUGUAUUUACUUUUUAACAUUUUAAGAUUAAAGAACAUUAAAAACAACCCCACAAGACACGCUUUCUAUAGGGCAAAGAGAGCUGACUUCAUGGAAUCGUUUCUUAACAGCAAAAGGAAUUUAAUAAGGCACUAUUACCUACAUCACAAUCUCCUGACCGUUGGAUGAUCAUUUUCAGAAGAAUCCAAGGGUGGAGAUCUAAGGAGGACCACAACUCUUAACGUAGACCCACAUCGCAGAGGAUCCCAUUGAAAAAUAAACUUCCAACUAUGUCCUUCUCUAAGGUAAAGAAAUGAAGAGAGAGAAAAACAUGGAGAAGAGAGCAAAGUAAAGAGAGGAGAGAGAGUUAAGAGAGAGAAACAGCAGAAGAAGAAGAAAAAAAGAUUGUAUUUUUAAUUUUUUGAAGUCCAACCGCUCCAAUUUCUUCUUCACCAAAUCCCACAAAUUUAAAAACCCAUCUCCAUUAGCCUCUCCUCUCCAAUACCCAGAUCUUCAUUUUUCUCAGAACUCGAUCAAAUUCUUCAUAUUGAUCAAUCAAAACUCCUCUGUUUUUCCUCUUCUUUUUCCUCUGUUUACUAACAAGGUAACCUCAAAAUGCUCAUUCAUGUAACUUCUUGAUAUACAAAUCUUCGUUUUCCAUUACAGUUUCUGGUAUAUAAACGAGUUUCUCAAUUCCCAAUUCCGGUUUCUCGAUAUUGGAGUUUAAAUUAUUUUUUUCCGGGAAAAUAGUUUCAUUUUCCGGGAAAAUUUUCGACCAUGGGAAUUCAAAGAGACAGAGUUAGAUUCAACGUGGGAGGAAGAAUCUUCGAAACAACAGCCACAACGUUAGCCAACGCGGGUCGUAAUUCCAUGUUCGGAGCCAUGUUCGACGAGAAUUGGAACCUUCAACAACAAUCCAUUAACUCCGGCGGCGGCGGAGAGUACUUCCUUGAUCGAAACCCCGAUUGCUUCUCCGUACUCCUCGAUCUUCUCCGAACACAAGAGCUUUAUCUCCCUUCAAACAUCCCAGAAAAGCUUCUCUACAGAGAAGCCUUGUACUACGGUCUAUUAGACCAUGUUCGUUUAGCGAAAUGGGGUCAAUUCGACGGCAACAGAUUAGGCCUUUCCCGUUCAGUAAAGGGCCAAGCUCCCGGCGAUGGAACCGCCAUUCGGGCAGGCCCAGAUGGCGGCUGCUGCGUUGCUCACGGUAGUAUGGUUCACGUCUAUGAUUGGAUGAUGGAAGAACACCCUCCAAUCAAUCUAGAUUACCAGAGAGUAAACGACGUCGGUUGGGUCGAUUCAGAGAAUGUGGUUGUGAGUGUGUGCGAGAGGCCGAGCCGAGGCGAUGGCGGAAUGGGCUUGUUUAGCUCUUCUAGUGGUGAGCUUAGGUACAAAUUUCAGGUCAGACAUGAGGAACAGACCAAGAGUUUCACAGCUGGGCCAUUGAGUUUUAGCUCUGAUUACAAGAUUUACUCAAGCUGUAAAGGUAGAAGCAAUGAGUAUGGAAUUGGUGUUUGGGAUCAAGUGAGUGGAAAACAAGUUGAUUUUUACUAUGAACCACCUGGUUGGUCACUUGGUGAGGCUGACAAACUCCAAUGGUUAAAUGGUACUAAUUGUUUGCUUGUAGCAACUUUGUUCCCUAGAAAAGAUAACUGUUACAUUAGCUUGCUUGAUUUCAGAGAAAAGAAGAGAAUGGUUUGGAAUUGGUCUGAUAUCGGCGCGCCUUUAACUAUAGACGAAAGGCGAGUUAGAGAUGCCAUUGCUAUGGAGGAGAGUAACUCAGUUUGUGUUGUGAAUGAGUAUGAAGAAUUGGGUUUCAUUGAUCUUCGAAUUUCGGGUGGCGGUAUUAGGUGGAGCUCAAGAAGUAGGCUAAUGAAGGGGAAAAUGCCUGAUGAGCCUUGUUAUCCAAAACUUGCUUUACAUGAAGGUCAACUCUUCUCUUCCAUGGAUGAUUGUAUCUCAGUAUUUUGUGGUCCUGAUUGGGUUUUAACUUCUAGGCUUAGAAAUAGCUACGGUGGUUCAAUUUGUGAUUUUUCCAUUGGUGGGGAUCGUCUCUUUGCUCUCCACAGUGAAGAAAAUGUGUUUGAUAUAUGGGAAACUCCACCUCCACCAGUCAUAUGACUUUGGUUUUUUUCUUUUCUUCUGGUUUAAUUUUUUAUAUUCUUUUUGAGUGUUUUUGUUUUUCCCUUUGUUUAUCUUUGACAUACAUAGUUGUGCCAUAUUGUGAGUUAGAGUAAUACAAACCAUAUUGUAGGUUUAGAAAUACUUGAAGAUAUGUAUAGGAAACAGAGAGAGUGAAAGUGAUGGCUUAACUGUAAUGUAACUUAAUCAGACUUCUAUUAUUCUCUACACUGUCAAAAGACUGUAUUAUGAGAUUUGUCAUUCAUGAAAAGAAAAAGUUACAAAA